UGAAAACAGCUGUUCAUAUUAAAUCAUGUGCGAUUAUUAAAAUUAGUUCGGGGAAACGUGCUGCAUUAAAUUUAUUGGAAAUUAAAUAAUUUUAAUAAAAUUCAUUGUUAAAAAGUGUUGUAAAGUGCUAUUAUAAGUCAAAAAUAUAAAAAGUUAUGAAAAGUUGAUAAAUUUUCUUCAAAAUUGUGAAAUCAAUUUGGCUGGUAAAAACGUGACCUCAAAUUAGCGAGCUAACGGUAAAAGUAGCAAAAACAGCAACAACAAUCUUUACAUAUAGACAGCAAAAAGUGGGCUCGUCUUUCAAUGAAACACGUCGUACAUAUAAUUUUUGUAGUAUGUAUAUAUAAAUAAAUAAAAUCAAAUGAUAAACAAAAACAAAUAUAAAUAGUUGAGAAACUGAAUGAAUGACUGAAUAAAUGUUUGUGAGUGUGUAACUCGGCGUUGUAUUUAAUAUUCAUACUAGCAGAUAGUGAAAUGAAAUAAAAUAUACUUUUUUUUUCUGUAAGCGAUAAAAUAUUUUAAAUAAAUUAUAAAAACUUGCCUGAUAAUAGCAAAACUUACAGCUUCAGGCAAAACGUCAUAUUAAAAUCAUCUAUACAUCUUUAUAAUCAGAAACUUCUGAAGACGCUGUUGCUCACACUAGUGAUUUAGACGAAUCCGGCGACGAUAUGACUGAAGGUAAAAAUGUACCUACCACUCCCAAGCCCAGUUCUAGUGCUGAGGUGCCUUUUAGAAGAGGAGGAGAUUUUCGUAAAACAUCUUUAAGUCUUAAUCGUCUAGUGGGUGUUAUCGAUGAGGGUACAAAUACGGUUAGUUUUUCUAUAUACACCACACCCGAAUUUAAGGAAAUCGCCAGCCAUCAUAUAGAAAAACAAAUGAUUACCGUGAAAGACGGCUGGUUCGAACAGGAUCCUGUGGGCAUUAUAAACAAUGUCUAUCGUUGCUGUGAAGUAGCUGUUAGUAUGCUACCUUCUUUAGGCUAUCGCAAAGAGGAUAUUUUCACGAUAGGCAUUACUAAUCAGAGAGAAACUACUGUAGUGUGGGAUAGUGUGACGGGUAAACCUUUAUAUAAUGCCAUUGUUUGGAAUGAUAUACGUACCACCGAAACUGUGGAUCAAAUUUUGGCCAAAAUACCGGAGCAAAAUAAAAAUCAUUUUAAAAAUAUAGUGGGUUUACCCGUAUCACCCUACUUUUCGGCUUUAAAGAUCAGAUGGCUAAAGGAUAAUGUGGCUGCCGUGCGCAAAGCUUGCCGAGAGAAACGUUGUAAGGCGGGUACUAUUGACAGUUGGAUUGUUUGGAACCUUACUAGGGGUGCUCUACACAUAACCGAUGUUACCAAUGCUUCGCGUACCAUGCUUAUGAAUAUUGAAACUCUCGAAUGGGAUCCAGUUUUAUUGAAAACUUUCUCCAUACAUGCUGAUAUGCUGCCCGAUAUUAGAAGUUGUUCGGAAAUUUAUGGUAAAGUUUUAGAUGAUCGUUCUGUACUCAAGGGCAUGCCCAUUAGUGGUAUAUUGGGCAAUCAACAAGCUUCUCUGCUAGGACAAAUGUGUAUUAAACCGGGACAAACUAAGAACACCUAUAGAUCUGGUUGCUUUUUACUCUGCAAUACCGGCACCACACCAGUUAUAUCCUCUAGGGGUCUAUUGACCACAGUGGCUUAUAAAUUGGGACCCAAUAUGCCGCCAGUAUAUGCCUUGGAAGGAUCGGUAGCGGUAGCUGGACAUGCUUUGGAAUGGUUGCAAAAUAAAGUACGUAUAGUGCCAAAAGCUUCCGAUGCUGAACAGUAUGCAGAAGCAGUACAAACUACAGGAGAUGUUUACUUUGUACCCGCAUUUACUGGUCUCUAUGCCCCCUAUUGGCGUAAAGAUGCUCGUGGUAUGAUUAUAGGUCUAACACAAUUCACCACCAAACAUCAUGUGGUAAGAGCUGCGCUUGAAGCUAUAUGCUUUCAAUCCAGAGAUAUUUUAGAGUGUAUGUAUAAAGAGGGCGGUUUCAAAUUCAAUAAACUGCAUGCCGAUGGUGCCUUAUCCUCCAAUAAUGUUUUAAUGCAGCUGCAAGCUGAUACUGCAGGUGUGCCCGUAUUUCGUUCUCAACUCUUAGAUUCUACUGCUUUUGGGGCGGCCAUGUGUGCAGCUCAAGCUGAAGGCAUAGAAUUGUGUAAAUUUGAUCCCGAGAAAAGGCAUUAUGAUAAUAUUUAUUAUGAUACCUUUUUGCCAACAAGCACAGAUGAGGAGCGAGCUCAUAGAUAUGGUAAAUGGAAGAAGGCUGUAGAGCGUAGUUUCGAUUGGGCAGAUCGUGGUAAAUCGAAGCAUAUGACCGAAGAAAGAUAUCGUAUGUUGUCAUCAGUACCUGGUAGUUUAUUCCUUAUAACAACAUUUGCUAUGUUGGCUCAUUCUUUAAGAAAUAUUAAAUCAUAGACAAUCAUUGAAAGCAGGAAAGAUAUCUUUUAUAUAGAGUUAUUAUGAAAGGGAGCAAAUUAAGAGGAAUAAAGUUAAGAAUAAGAAAGACAUUCAAAUUGACAUAACUUUGAUUACUUAGUAUACUUAAGUCACUCAAUUACUUUAACCCUAGUUUCCAAUGCUUCCUGUUAUAUAACAUUUUUAAAAAUUGCCACAAUUUCCUAGAUUUCCCUUAAGGUUUUAACUUAAUAUAACUUCUUAUAUAAAUCAAAUUAUUGUACUUAUAAAGUAUUUAAUUGUAAAUAAUUGAAUUUUUUAAAUUGUUAAUGCUUUUUUAAUAAUUUUUAUCUUCUUGUUAUAUAUUUCUUUAUUUUUUUUCAUUGUUUUUAGUUUUUAAUUAUAGCCAACUAUUUGUGAUAAAAAUUUAUACAACUUUAACGUGUGUAUAAUAUAUAAAACAGUUAAAUUUUAGGCCCCCCAAUAGGUAUUCUUUAAAAUAAUUAAAGUUUACGCUUCUCCAUUUUUAUUGCUAUUUUUAUUAUAAUUGUAAAUAAGUUAAAAAAAUUAAUUAUGUAUUACAUAAUAAACAACAUACAUACAUAUAUAUUUAUAAUGUUAUUGCUAGUUUAUAACUAGUUAUUAAAAUAAAAAAAGAAAUAAUGAUUGAAGAAAU